CUAAAAGCUACGGAAAGAACCUUCGAUAUAUAUAAUCACGGACUGGAAAUAUAUACUUUGGCGAACUUUCCAGCUGGUUGGAGCAAUUAGUUUAUUUCGUGAGGACGAAUUUUCCGUCUUCAUCGGUAAAUUGCGAGAGUUUAAUAAAGGAUUCGGUCGAUUCGACCAACCUUUCGCAUGUGGUGGUGCGCGUCGUUACGGAUUCAAGACAUAGAGAACCGCCUGUAGUUUAGCACUACGGCAGAGGCGACGCCUUGGCGUCACGGUGCGUGGGGGAGGGUGUACCUCGGUGUGGACGAGUCAAGGUCAAGUCUCCGAAAAUGCGGAUCCUAAGAUGAGGUUGGCAUCGAAGAAAAAUCGUUAUCAUAUCUUCGGGUGCCAGUCGUCGAUAUGAUAUUUAUGAAGAUAGUACAAAACGUCAGUAGCGGAGCAUGCAACUAUUCCUCUGCAAUACGUGGUGGCAAUCCACCAGCUAUUUCCUCUCUCGGAGAUGCCCGCAAACUUACAGUUCAACCGGGAAAUCUACCGAGAUUCCACCAUUCAUCGUGUGCUUGCACCCAAAAUGAGAAUGAAGAUAGGCAUGGCUCGAUCUUGCCGUUUCUAGAUCUGAACUCUGAGCUUUUAGCUAUGUGCCAAGUCGUUUGCAAAGGCUGGCCUGGGCCUGUCGCAUCGACGGUUUCUCAGCCCCGCGUGCCUCCUCUGAAGCGAGCUGGGACGCGAGGCGAGGCGAGGCGAGGCGGUUCAAGGGUGGAGACAACGAAGUAUUGUGAAGUGCAACAUGAUGGUGUUUCAACGUGGCAAGAGACUGAUAUUUUGUAAAAUAUCUCGCAUCUGCAUGUCGAUAGAUGCCGGGCUCGCGUUCACGCUUUAGUAUCGCAGGCGAUUCGUCAACAACGCGCAGACCCAAUCGACUGACUACUGGAAAGACCAAAAUUAAGCUCUUGCAUGUGACAGAACCCAGUCUGUUCCUUUCAUGUAUGUGCCUACAACUCAUCAGCUCGUCGCAGACAAGUGGCACGGUCGAUGCUGGCUGUCACCACCGGCUUCUGGAUCUAUAGAGGAAUCGGCUGCUUGUGAAAGAACUGUCUGUCAACGCCAUGUAUGUCCGUUACCACCAUGUAUUUUCCUUGCAAGCCAUGAGGUCUGCUUAGACAAGUGUCACGGGUCGAAAGCUGGACAUCAUGGUGAGCAUGAUGUGGAACGGAAAGUUUGAUCCUUUGCUUUGCUCUUGAGGGUUGAAGUUACCUCCGGCGGGUUAAUCGCAAGUCGCCGACCUCCGAAUCCCAUAAUCAAAAAUCAUAAAUUUUUGCUUGGC